AUGAUAGAUGAAGACUCGGGUAGAAUAGCGGGCGGACAUUAUGCGGAGCUCGGAGACUAUCCGUACAUAGCAGUGGUGCAUCGACUCCUGGACAACAGAGAAUACUUCAAAUGCGGCGGCACGGUCUUAUCUAGAAGAUGGGUUCUCACAGCCGGUCAUUGCGUAGUGAACUACCCACGAAGAUUUCUUGUAGUGUUUGGUAUCGUUGACAAAUCUGGCAUUGACUAUGAUUUUCUUCGAGGCCCCGGUAUGUCGAUAAUUACGAAUCAAGUGUUUAUACAUCCGCAAUACGAAAAGGGCUACAAUGAUAUUGCCUUACUCUAUAUGCCACAAGAUAUUCCCUUUUCCAAGACUAUUCAGCCAAUAAAACUCGCGUAUUACGACGGAAGUUUUGCAAAAAGAGAUGCUCUUGUGAUGGGUUGGGGAAAAGAUCAUAUGACCAGCGAAGGUACGAUAAGACUUAAGUACGCUAUAUUGCCGAUUAUAGAAAAUAAAGUAUGCAAGCAAUACUGGCGCAUUAACGACAAGCACAUUUGCACGGCCGCAGGAUUCGGACGAGACGCUUGUCAGGGCGACAGCGGUGGUCCUCUCAUCGUGGUAGAAAAUGGUCAGCAUCUUCAAAUCGGUAUUGUGAGUUACGGAAAUGGAUUUUGUCCUAGCAACUACCCUGGAGUGUUUACUAGGGUUUCUUCAUAUAUAUACUGGAUACACGAAGUUACGAAGUUACGUUAG